AACCUAGAUAAUUCCUCGACGCGGUCAAAUUUUUAGAGGCGGAUAAGAAACAUGGGGACAAACAUCCUGUCUCCCUCCCAAGAGAUAUCAGAUGGAGGUGACGACUCGCUCGAUGGAGGAGCAGAAGGGCCUGAUCCGGGAGGUGCGCCAGAGGCCAUUGAGAACUCCGUUGUGAGAACGGUAAGAAAACAAGAAGAAUAAAAACAAGAGAAGUGGGGAGAGGAUGUCGAGCUCGCUUGCAGAGGGACGAUUAGAGUUCGAUGUGGCAGAAGCUUGAGCUGUGUGGGCGUGUAAGAGAUAAAAUAGGACGAAACGAAGGAGGUGGCCGGGAGACACGGAUGCAGAAGGAACAGCUGCUAUAUGGUGGAUUAUACAGCGAGCUCGACGGGGAAAGGAGCGUCGACAACGGCGGCGACGACGAGCUCGAGGACGGGCGAUGCUGGGAGGAUGAAGGGCGUCGAGGAC